UAUUAGCUUCAUGCUAGCGUUAUAUCUUAUCUCCAUUCUUUCGUUUACCACUAGUGAGGUUUCAUGAGAGAAACAGCACAGAGUCAAUGUCCACUUUCCUGAACAGCAGGUCAAAGGGAUUUCUUCUCAAAUAUGGGACUUUUUCUAUGAUACACUCCAGCUAAAGCACCCAAAAUGGAUGUUUCCCUGCUACAUAAAUUCUGUUGGAUUGUGGGUCUAACGUUUGUGAUUUUGCCUCUUAUAAAUCCAGGAAUGUUAUCCGACUACAAGAUCUGUGGAGAUUCUGAGUGUGAAAGCCUAAUGAGCAGGGUUCAGGCCAUAAGGGACCACAAGAGUAACGACUGCCGUUUUCUAAGCUUCAGACGUGGAGAUAUCAUUUUUGUCUACCACAAACUUACAGGAAAGAGGGAGGAUCUGUGGGCAGGCAGUAUUGACAAACAGUUCGGCUACUUUCCAAAGGAUGCAGUACAAGAGGAGCAAGUUUUUGCAACCAUGGAGACAGCAGUGGAAACACAGAAAUCAGAUUUCUUUUGUAUCGAUGAGUUUGGCUACCCCAUUGAUUCGGAUGAUGACAAUAAUCAGGAAACCCCAAAACAGGAGUCCAAUAUCAAUGUUAUCACUAAAUAUUUGCAUGAAACAAAUCCUAAAGGCCCCCUGUCCUUUGAUGAUCUCUCAGCCGAAUCAUCAGUUCCAGCACAGCAAAUAGACGUCCCAAAGACAUUUGGGGAUGAAGCAGAUCCACCUGAAGAAGUGCAUGAGAUUCAUGCAGCCUCGAGCAAACAAGGUGGGUCUGCCUCCUCUUCCUGGCUGAGUUCCUCAGUGACAGGAUGGUUUGGUGUGGAGCAACUGGACGAACUGCCAAAAGGAGAGGGUGAAGAUGAGAAGACAGAAAACAAGGAUGAAAUUUCACUCACCUCCUCUGUUAAAGGAUGGCUGGGUUUUGAGAGAAACAGUGAACAAGACAAUGCAGAUGAAAGUGUGACAAUCCCAGACCAAACAACUGAUACCAUAGCCUCGACUGUGACUGGUUGGUUCAGUUUUGGGGGCAAGAAAAGAUCAGACGAUGAAAAAAAUAAGCACGAUGGAGAAGAAACAGAUGAAGGGGUUGAACCAGCUGAGAAAUACAGAGGCAGACGGAUGUCUUUGGACCUGGAAGGAAGUCAGCUACAUGAAGAAGAGAAAACUGAGAUGGGAACGCUAGGCUGGUUGGGAAGCAAGCUCUCAAGUGGGAUGGGAUAUGGAUUGACUAAUCAGAAUGCAGGUGAAGAAAAUAAGGAAAAGGAAAAACAAGAAUAUCGUUUUUGGCCAAAUACAGGAAUUGGGGACAUGUUGGGCUUUGGAAAGGAAAAUGAGAAAGUAGAUCAAGAUAUAAAAAGAGAGAAAGAGCAGGGUAAUGUCUUAGAAGAACCACUGGAAUCGCAUGUAGAGACAAAAGUACUGGCGGCUCCACAGAUGGAUGUAGCAAAGACUGAGACCAGCAAAUCACCUCAAGAGGAAGGUGUUCAAAAGGAUCCAUAUACCCAAUCUCCAGAGGAUGUGAAAGUUGACAGCACUGAUACUGACAAUUACAAAGUAGAUAAUGAAGAUGCAUUAGACAGAAAUGAGAUCAAUCUUCAAAGGAAUGAAGAUAAACUCCAGGUUAAUGAGCUUAAUGAAAAGUUCCAGAUGAAUGCAGAAAUGUCAUCUUUGAACAGCAGGAUUUCUCUAAGAGAGAAUAAAGACAAAAAUGACUCAGAAGAAAUCCAAGUGAAAGAAAGUAGAUCUGAAGAAAUGGUCAACAAGGGCAAGGAGAUCUUUAAAUCGGUGAAAAAUUGGGAGCAAGAUACUACCAAUGAUCUUGCAGAUGAAGAAGUUACUGCUACAGAUAAUAAUCCAUUUUUCUUAAAAUCAUCUUGCAGGCAAUCAGGGAAGGAAGAGAGUUUUAACGAAUUAUUGUCAAACUCCUUAGGAAGAUCUGAAGGUAAAUAUGCACAACAGAAUGAGAAAAAGGAAUUUGUCAAAGUCACAACUAAAGAAUACAGCCCAGCAGAAUCCACAGAUAUAGAAAGCAAAAGUAGUGACGAUAAAAAGGUCGAAGGUAAAGAUUUCACUCAAAAAGAGACAGCAAUAGAGGAAAACCGAGUCAGUGGUGAUACAGAGGCAGCAACUGAACUCAUCCAAGAUGAUGUCAGUUUUACACCUGAUGAUAAACUAAAUUUAACAGCUAUAUAUAGCGAUACCUCAGACACAGGGAGCCAUCAGGACAAGUCUCAAAUUGAAGAAGAAGCAAAAUCAGUAUGGAGUAGUCGUAAGGAAUCUGGAUCAUCCAUUUCCGCUCAAAAUGAUGAAAGUCUGUCUGAAUAUCCCUCAAAGGAAAAUGAUGGGAAAGUGUCUUCCAGUGAUAGAACAUCAACAAUAUACAAGGAACCAGCUGUUAAUAUUAUUAACAAUGAAGAAAUGACACAUCCCCAUGAGCAAGUGGAAAAAGAGACUUUAGGCUUUGGGGAAGAUGUUUUGAGUCAGAGUGACUUAAAAUCAACCCCAAGACCGGAAACAGAAACAAAGAAAAUUGAGAUGUUAAGGGGAGGGAUAGAAACAAACGAGAAAGGAAACCAUUCAAAAAAGGAGGAGAAGCAGCAGGAACUAAAUGGUGACAACGAAGAAAUGGAUGAAAUGAAGGAUAAACAACAAACAGACACAGAGGGGAAGAAAAAGGAAGACAACAUGGAGUUGGAGGUGAGAGGGAAAAAAAUGGAAGCUACAAUGGAGGAGGAAAAGGACACAUCAGCAAGUAAAGAUGAAGAGGUAGCAGAGCUGAAGGAAGAAGAAGGACACCAAGUGAAUAAAGUGAAGCAGAAAGAUGAGCAACAAGCAGAUAAUGAGAAACAGAUGCUGCUGAAGGAAGAACAGCUGGUGAUGUUGGAGGAUAAGAUGGAAUAUGAAGAGGAAAAUAAAAAAGAGGAGGACGAAAAGAAAAACCUACAAAAUGUAGAGAUGGAAAGGAUUUAUAGUGACAGAAGUACAAAAGCCUUGGACAGCCAUCAGAAGGAAGGAACAGGCGAUAGCUUGUCAUCCACCACUGGAACAGUAACAGAGUCUGAAAACCAAGAGUUGGAAAUCGAGAAACAAAAUAAGAAAGAGACUCAAGAUGUUGAAGAAGUGAUUGAUAAAAGAAUGGAGGUGAAUGAAGUUGACGACAAGCGGCAGACGAUACCUGUGGAAGCUGACCCCCUGAAAUGUCCAAAUUGUCCUGAGGAACAAGAGACUGCAGUGACUGAAGAACAUGAGGAGGAAGGACGAUCAGCAGAUGAAAUGGUGGGAGUAGAAGAACAAGAAGAUCGAGGAGAUUAUACUGGAGAGAGGCAGGUUACAGAGUCAAGAGGGAAUGAUGACUCUGAAAAGCAAGGUAUUAAAAUCGAUGGUUCAACAUCUGGAAGUGACGUUCACAGUGAUGGAAGGGAACCUUCAGAAGCCCCCUUUGACAAAGCUGACAGUCAAACUAGCCAUGUGUCAGAAGAAUAUAAGAGGGGUUUGAGUACACGUGAAGCAGCAGAAAGUGAAACCAAAGAAACCUUUGGUCUUUUCAGAACGGCUUUUAGCUUUUUUAGACAAACACCUACCACUGACUCAAAUGAGUUUGUUGAACUAACCAAUACUUUCAAAAACAGUUCAGGUGAGACACCAGAGCAACUAAUGCAAGAACCACCCCCAACCACUGAUUUCCCCCAACCUCAACAGGUGAGCACACCCUCCCCAACGAAGCAGCCUCAUCCUCCCUCUGCAGAAAUCAACAUUCUCCAUGCAGCAGCCUUGACAACAGAUGCACUUCUUGAAAGUAAAACCCUCACAGGACAGUACAAUAACCUCCUCCACCACAUGAACAUGGACACGUUAACUUUUCUGACGGAGCUUUUUGGGCGACACAGGUUGGAGAUUUUAGAUGACAUUCUAACAAGUCCAGAAGCAGAAACUGAGAAAGUGGAUCUGUCCAUACUGUCAGAUAUGGAAAGCCUUCUACAUUACCACAGAGAGAUUCUGGUUUCUUCCAGCGUGAGGACUGCUGAUGCCACACAGGAGGACAAAGAAAAGACCAGAACCCUUGUUGCACUUCAGAAGAUAGAAAUGUUGUUGAAAACUGUCAAAAAGACUUCAGAUAUUAAUAAUCAUAAAGCUGAGAGCGUCUGUGACAGCACGUCAUGUUUCGCUGAAGACAUAGACAACAUAGCAAACAUCCAAGAUUUAUCUGCAACCCAGGAUGACAACAUUCCCAGAGAGGAACAGAAGGUAGAAGAGAAGGCCAAUGGAUUCAUGGACAAGGACAUGGUUGACAAGAGAAAUUCAGUGGAAAAAGAAACGGGUGAAAAAAGAAGAAAUGAAGAGAGACAGUCACCUCCUCACUCUCAGACUUGGGGAGAAGCGAUGAGGCACAUCAUGGACCUACUUCAUCAUGCGAGAGUGAUCGUUCUUUGGCUUACCAUGCAAGUUGUAUCAUCGCUGCCAGAGGACAUAAGGCCAGGGCCAGACCUGCAUGGUGUGCCAUGGGAGCCGGUCAUCAUAACAUGUUUGGUUGGGCUGGUGACAGUCCUGUUGUUUAUGUGUAGAUGCUACAGCUCUGUGAAAAGCAGAAUUUAUCUAAGUAAGGAGCGAUGGAUGGCUGAGCAGGUUGCUCAACUGCUCGAUGAGAAGUGUAAAGUCCUGGAAACUCUCAGUCAGUGUCAACAAGAGUAUGAUGACCUGGACGUCUCCUUGAGGGACAGUGGUGUCCUGGCCCAAGCUGAAAAAUCAGAAAAUCUAAAGCUCAAAGCCAAGCAGCUAGAAAACGCUAAAACUGAGCUGGAGAAGGAUCUGGAAGAGAUUAAAGAUCAACUGGACCGGCAAAGGGAACACAGGACAGAGCAAGAAAAGAGGAUUGCCUCACUCGAGGAGAGCAUGAGAGGACUGGAAGAAGAAGCCAAAGAACUCCAGUCUCAGGAAGAGCAGGCACAGACCACUCUGAAGAUAUACAAUAUGAACAGUGACAGACUCCAGAGGAACCUGGAAACAGCAGAAGAGGAGAACAAACUGCUACAAGAGACCAACAUGCAUUUUAGACAGGAAGUGGAGGGAUGGGCAGAAAGAGUGAGUGAGUUGGAGGAGGAGAUGCAAAGAUGUGAGUUUGCUCACAGUGCAAUGCUGCAGGAUGUUGGCAACAAAGAUGAACGCAUAAAGUCUCUUACAGAUCAGCUACUCAAGAUGAAGGGUUGGGAUUCAGGCCUGGAGGAAGAGGAAGAGGAAGGAGUCGAGAAGGGGUCAACCAAGGGGAGAUCAGGAAAAUGGGAGAAAAGUGGAAAUGAGAACCUCACAGACACACAUCUUCAGAAAGUCCAGAAGCUUAUUUAUGCUGCUAAGCUGAACGCUGAUCUUAAAUCAGUGGACGAAGAUAAAGACAGAGUUUUUGCCAAACUUAAUGAUGAAGUCAAAGCAAAGGAAGACUUGCAAGACAGCAUUAGGGUGCUGGAAAAUGAGACAUUGUCUCUGCAGUCUGAUACUAAGAUCUACUUUGAACAGGUUGAACAGUUACAACAAAAGCUCCAGAUUAUGACAGAAAUGUACCAAGAAAAUGAGCUGAAGCUACACAGAUUGCUGACUGUGGAAGAGAGGGAGCGUCACCAAAAAGAGGAGAAGCUGAGUAAAGCAGACAAAAACAUUGCAAUGGCCAUUGAAGAGCUUAAUAACUACAGACAACGAGCAGAAGAAAUGGGGGAUGAGAUGAAGAAAACAAAACAAUCCUACGAGACUCAGAUAUCAGCACAUGAGAAGAAAGCUCAUAAUAACUGGCUGGCAGCCCGAGCAGCAGAGAGGGAGCUGUCAGACAUUAGAAGAGAGAACGCUCUUCUACGACAAAAACUCACAGACACACAAUAUAAGUUGGAUUCUCUUGACAAAGAUCUAUAUGCCUUGAACAGCCUUGCUAGACCGCUGCCUUUUCGAGGUGAAAGGUCACCUUAUGGUCCUUCUCCUCUAGGUCGACCAUCUUCUGAAAACAGAGCUUUCCUUUCCUCUCCUGUACUUAUGGAUGAGCCGCCUGCAAGACUCUCCCCCAGAGUGAUGCGAAAUCCAGGGGAGCCCCCAAGUGGCCAAGGAGAGAUGGAGCACAGCGGAGGUCCCCAUUCAGACAGUGGGUCCAUUUCUCCUACAUGGGAGAGGGAUCGCAGGGGACCCCCUCCAGGACCCCCUCAAGGUCCCCCAGGUCCUCUUGGACACCCAGGCUAUAUGUUCCCAGAGCCAGGGCCUCCCAUGUUCAGGAGACAUCCACCUCCUCCAGCAGGCAUGAGUUUGCUACCUCCUCCCGGUACCCUCCCCCCCAGAGGCCUUCCCCCAGGGCCCCCUCAUCCUGUAGAUAUGGCUGACGGAGCAUUUAGAGAAGACAGCUUUGUACCUGGGGAUCAAGAUGGCAGACUAUCUGGCCCCGGUGAUCGGAGGACUCCCCCUGAGUUGGAUCCAAGGAUGGGUGGCCCCCCUCUUCCUAGAUCUUCUUUGGGGCCCACAGAUGGACCUUUUCCUCGCAGAGGCUCUGCCCCUUAUGGAGGACCACCUCCCACUGAUUUUUACCCUCCCAGGGGAAUGGGCGGUCCACUUAUGAGGCCCAUGUGGGCGCCCCCUCCUUCAGGAAUGAUGUUCCCUCCACGAUUUCCUCCCAGUGGACCUCUUCUUCCUCCUGCAUCUCAUCCAAACAUGCCUCCAUACCGCCCCUUGAUGGGACCUCUUCCUCCCAACAGCCUUCCUCCUCCUUCCAUGGGCCCUCCUCCUCCUCCUCCUCAACAGCCCAUCCCGUCAGCACAGCCCAGCCAGCUACAGGAGAAAAACUCACCACCUCCUGAAGACCUCAUCUGAGUCCAAGAGACGUCUGGUUUACAUGCAAAUCAGUGGUAGGAAGACGGAAGGGCACAUCUCACAACUAUUUAUUUCCUGAAGAGAAUUUAUUUAAUAAAGGGUGUUAGUGGAGGAGAAACAGCAGCUUUCUGUAGGCAAUUUUCAUGAUUUCAUUCUGCAUUUGUUUUCUUCACCUCCAAACACAAACGUCUUCUCUUCUGCUUCCUCCAACCACACCAUUUUAUUUUGUAACUACUGCAAACAGGCUCCCGCUCAGUUGCAACUUCAGUGUGUAGCAACACUGCUAUUCUUGUUUGCUCAACAUGAUAAAAUACAAAAUAGAGCCAGCUGUCAGCUAAGCAACUCAAAGACUAAAGUAAAAAAAGUUUUAGGCCUAAAAUGCAUCCUUUAUUUUAAUUUUUAAAGUUUUGUCAAAUAUUGUUUUUGUCGUUGACAUGAUUUGACUCUUUAGUUUGCUCAUAUGAGGUCUUCUUUUGCCCAUCAAUGACUAGUUUAUGAAAACUCUGAAUAUCUCUCAAAAGUCAAGAGUUUCUGCAAGUCAUUGAAUUUUAAUAACUUUCUGUGUCUUUCAUAAUUUUUGUUUCCUUAACGCCAAACCUGCAAUUAAGAGGUUUUAAACCUGUUACCUGGACUCACAUCCUGAAAAGUGGCUUUCAGACCUGCUGGUGUUUUUUAAAGCAGGAAUGUCUAAUGCAGGUAAAAGGAAUGAUCUGACUGCAAUAGAGACAUCUUAAAGCCACAAAUCAAAAAGCUUUUGUGAACUUUGUAAAAAAAAUAAAAAAUUAAAAACAUGAUGGAAAAAUAAAGAUUCAUUAACAGUCA